AUGGACAGAACAGUGAAGUUCAGCAGAAGUAUUCUCUUCUUCCUCUUGUUUUUAUUAGACAAAUCUUUCAGUACUGUUUCAUUGGUUUUGACAAAUACAACUCCAGGAGACUCGGCCCCAAAAGAAAACCCAUUUACUGCCAAGGCUUAUGUGAUUAGAUAUUGGAACAAACACAUCACCAACAACCACCCCAAGCCACCAUUUCUACUCUCGAAAGCCUCCCCUCUCUCCGCCGUCGACUCCGCCUUUUUCACCAAACUCGCCGCCCACAACCACCUCUCUUCCCACCUCUCCUCUUUCUGCUCCGCCGCCAAUUUAUUCUGUCUUUUCGACUUCGACUCCACCACCCCAAUCGAUCCAAACAAACAAGACAACAAAGACGCCAACUUCGCCUUUUACACCAACAAACAAUUCUCCAACUACGUAAGGUCUCGACUCGGCGGCGCAGAUACGUUCAAGAACUACUCGGGCUCUGUCAACUUCGCCACCGGUAGUUUCACUCGCUACAGCCGAAGCUCCACAGCCCAUAAAGAAGGCUUCGCCACCUAUGCUAACGACGGCAAUGUAGCCAAUUCCAACUUCACCUCCUACGCUUCCGGCGCCACUGGUGGCUCCGGAGAGUUCCAAACAUACAUGUCUCUCGUCAACGUCCCGGACCUCCGCUUCACUUCUUACGAUUCCGACGGUAACAAUCAUAAGCUCUCAUUUUCAAGCUAUGUUGACGAUACAAACUCAGGAAACGAAGGCUUUACAAGCUAUGGUAAGAAUGGUAAUGACGUCCCUGUUGAGUUUUCCAGCUAUGGCGAUUCAUCAAACGUUAUUGGGUCGUCGUUCUCCGGCUACGGCGAGUUGGGUAACGCCGGUAAUGAUUCGUUUAAGGCUUAUAGUUCAAAUUCCAAUAACCCAAACAACAAUUUUAAAAGCUAUGGCGUUGGAGGCAAUUCUGGAGUUGAUAGCUUCUCUAGUUACAGAGAUGGAGCCAAUUCAGGAAGUGAUAAGUUUCAAUCUUAUGGGAAGAAUUCAAAUUCCGGGAAAACAAAUUUUCUGAAUUAUGGAAAAUCUUUCAACGAAGGAAUCGAUUUUUUCAGGGAAUAUGGAAAAGGAUCGACUAGUGAAGUGAUUGGGUUCAAGGUUUAUGGAUUGAACAGUACAUUCAAAGAGUAUGAUCAAAAGGGUGUCACUUUUGCUCAGUACACCAGUUCAGAAAACUCCUCCAUGGACGAAUCCACGAAGGUGAGUGGCAAUUCCGUAAAUAGAUGGGUGGAACAGGGCAAAUUUUUCCGAGAGUCCAUGUUGAAAGAGGGAAUUAUCAUGAAAAUGCCAGAUAUUCGUGACAAAAUGCCUAAAAGGUCGUUUUUGCCCCGGACAAUUAUGUCAAAUUUACCAUUUUCAACCACUCGACUAGGGGAGAUUAAGCAAAUCUUCAACGCACGGGAUAACACCGCAAUGGAGCGCAUGAUAUCAAACACGGUGGAGGAGUGCGAGCGUGAGCCGAGCCGGGGCGAGACCAAGCAGUGCGUGGGAUCGGUGGAGGACAUGAUCGACUUCGCGGUCGCGGUAUUGGGCCACAAUGUGGUGGUGCGGACCACGGAAAAUGUAAAUGGGUCAAACCAAAAUGUGAUGAUUGGAAAAGUUAGAGGAAUGAACGGCGGAGAAGUGACCAAAUCAGUGUCCUGCCACCAGAGUUUGUACCCGUACUUACUAUAUUAUUGCCACUCUGUACCAAAAGUGAGGGUCUACGUGGCAGACAUUCUUGACGUAGAGAGCAAGGUUAAGAUCAAUCAUGGUAUUGCCAUUUGUCACGUUGACACAUCAGCAUGGAGCCCAGGGCAUGGAGCUUUUGUGGCCCUAGGGUCGGGCCCUGGUCUCAUUGAGGUCUGCCAUUGGAUCUUUGAGAAUGACAUGACUUGGGCAGUUGCUGAUUGAUCACAAAAAUAACAUCGUAUAGUUGUUUUUGUGGAUGAAAACAUUGUGUUUGAUGUUAUUUGUGUAAUCAUGGGGAUGUAAUGAAAUGGGUGUCGGGAUUCGAAUCUCAUAAUUUUCAUUUAACAAGGAUAUAAAAUAGUUUUAUGUUUUGUGGGCAUUGUAAUCC